AUUUUAUUGGUUGAUAAUUCCUUAAUAAUUAAAUUUUUUUGUUUAUUUUAAAUGUUAAAUAUUGUUAUAAAUUAUACCAAGUGAUUAAUAUAAGUAUUAUACUUAAUUAUAUGGUGUUUUAUCGAGUGUCAUCACGCAUUUCGCUGGCAUUAUUCAGGUGUUCAAAUUUCGGUAAGUACCGAUAUUGAAAAAUAUUAUGUAUUUCUAAUAAAAAUUAUGUGCACUAAUAUUAUAUAUUAUUUUAUGUUACAUCACUAAGUACAAUUAUAAUAAUAUCUAAUUGUAUAACAUUCAGUGUAAAUAACAUUAUAAAAUAUGCAUUAAAUAGUAUUAUUAUUAUUAUUAGUAUUUAGUUUUAUAGUGUUAAAUUGUAUAAUUAUUAUUUGAAGGUACUUAUAAAGGAUCUAACUUAGUUAGCUGCGACAUCAACCAUGUUCCAGCUGAAACUGUGCAUACUUUGGUUGAUGGUCUAUACCGCUUUUUGUCUUAAAUUAACAGUGUUUGAAAUCGGAAAACCCAUUCUUGUGGAAGGAGAUAGUACACAUUUGUUGUGUCAAUAUGACCUACAGGGUGAACAUUUUUAUUUUUUUUUUCAAAGAAAAAGUUUCAAUAACUAUGAUAAUUGAAUUUAUAUGCAUUGUAAUUUUGAUAUCUGUGUAGGUGAGCAAUUGUAUUCAGUAAAGUGGUACAAAGACGAUCAUGAAUUUUACAGAUUCGUACCUGGGGAAUCGUCUGAAGUACAAUUUUUCCCUGUUGAUGGAGUACACGUUGAUGAGAAACGAGUGACUAAUGGAAGCCUAUUUCUUAGGAAAUUGGAACCGGUGAGCAGUGGUAUAUACAUGUGUGAAGUUUCUACUGAAACGCCAUUCGAAAUACUUAGCAACCAUAGUAGGCUUACAGUUCUUCCCUCUGAAAGACCGUACAUAUUGAAAAGCAAAAACCUACCCGAAUUGACUGACAUUUUCAGUGUGAACUGUACUCCCAGGCAGUGCACAGACAAGAUUUCAAUAUUUUUGUCAGUGUCAUUUUUCAUUGUACUUUUCGAAUAUAAUAAAAAAUAA